UUCUCACUUCUCAGGCCGUCUCUCUGACAACUCGUUGUGCAAAUGGUGGAUGUAUAUUAUGUUAAUUCCUUUCUAUAAAUUUAAGUUGUGAAUUAGUAUACAAUGGCCACGUCGAAAACUACAAACACAUAUAAUAGACAGAAUUGGGAGGAUGCGGAAUUCCCGAUACUUUGCCAAACAUGCUUAGGUGACAAUCCGUACAUCCGUAUGACAAAGGAGAGAUACGGCAAAGAGUGCAAGAUAUGCAUGCGACCGUUCACUGUCUUCAGAUGGUGUCCAGGUGCUAGGAUGCGAUUCAAGAAGACCGAGGUCUGCCAGACAUGUAGUCGACUGAAAAACGUUUGUCAGACAUGCUUGUUGGAUUUGGAGUACGGUCUUCCUAUUCAAGUACGCGACGCUGCGCUGAAGAUCAAAGACGAUUUGCCGCGUUCCGAUGUAAAUAAGGAGUACUAUGUGCAAAACAUCGACAACGAGAUCGGGAAGAUCGAUCCGACAUCACCGGCGGGCGCCGUCGGCAAGUCUGCCGCGGCUAGCGACUUGCUGAUGAAGCUGGCCAGGACCAGUCCGUACUAUAAGAGAAACAGACCACACAUAUGUUCCUUCUGGGUGAAGGGUGAAUGCAAGAGAGGCGAGGAGUGCCCUUAUCGGCACGAAAAACCGACGGACCCCGACGACCCAUUGGCCGAUCAGAACAUAAAGGACCGUUACUACGGCGUGAACGAUCCGGUGGCGGACAAGCUGAUGCGACGAGCCGCGGCCAUGCCCAAGCUCGACCCGCCCGAGGACAAGUCCAUCACGACUCUAUACAUCGGCAACCUGGGCGACGUGCUGACGGAGAAGCAACUGCGCGACCACUUCUACCAGUACGGCGAGAUCCGCUCAGUGACUAUGGUGCCGCGCCAGCAGUGUGCCUUUAUCCAAUAUACGCAGAGAACCGCCGCCGAGGCAGCGGCCGAGAGGACGUUCAACAAGUUGAUACUGGGCGGCAGACGGCUCACCAUCAAGUGGGGCCGCUCCCAAGGCAGGCAGACCGUGUCUGCCGCGGAGGCGACGCGGGAGAUCCUGGAGCCUGUGCCAGGAUUGCCAGGUGCGCUACCACCGCCGCCGGAGGGCGUGGCCAACAAUUUCUUCAACCUGCAGACCACCACCGGUAUGAUGCCGCCGCCGAUGAUGAUCCCACCACCACCGGUUGCUCCGCAGUUCAUGUUCCCGCCGCAAAUGGCGGCGGCAGCCGCCGCUGCCGCGACGCCUAUCUUCCCCCCAGGAACGACUCCCAUACACUACCCAAGCCAGGAUCCAUCCAGAAUGGGCGCCUCACAGGGCAUAGGCAAGCCUUGGCCGGAAGAGUAGUAGCGACACUAGCCGCCUUGAGUUUUCAUUGCUGUAACUGUAACGGCAACCUGGCCAAGAGAGAAAUAUAUACGAGUAUGCUUUUAAGACAUCUUGAUGUCGUGUCGUCGCGAACAUGCAUCGUCAUCGGUUUCUCCUCGGUCGUGAUUCCAGGUCGUGAUCGACCAGUCGAGAUCGAUGCGCGCGGUUGAGAUUGACGUCGAGCCUCGUGAAUGAUGCAAGCUGAAUUCAAAUGUACGUGCCGCGUCGGGCAGCAUGUCGAGUGUUGUGCCCUUCGUAGGUAUGACGAUAUCGAUUUCCAGCCCGGACGAAGCGAGCCGAAGCGGCUCACACUGUGCCGCGGUGUCGUUCAAGAUGACGGCCAAAAUGUGGCAGGACAAC